UGAAGCAGGGAGCAGGAUUAGAGCUCACACCAGCUAUCAGAGGAGCAUAGAUAAAAGGAACUGCUCCUUAACCACCACUGCAGCAGCUCUUGUUAUGUUCUUUAUUAUUAUUUUUUUUCCCCUUUUUCUUUUUCCACACAACAGUUGUACCUCAUUAUCCCGUGCCUGGCUGGAUUUUUUUUUUUUUUGAGGGUUUGAAGUUUCUGUGCUUCAGUGACUGUUCCAGAAGAAGAGGUGCUAGUGUUGCCAUGAGGUCUUGAUUGUCAGCAUUUAUGAAUGAAACUGACCUAAAUCACCUGUUACCUCCAGUUUCCAGAUUCUUUGAACUUCUUUGGCCGCACAAUACAGGAAGGAAGAAGACUAAAGCAGCAGAGAGAACGGCAGCUCCUGCAACAUGGGCUGGUUCACUGGGAUUGUCUGUCUGUUCUGGGGAGUAUUACUUACAGCAAGAGCAAACUAUCAAAAUGGAAAGAACAAUGUACCAAGGCUGAAACUGUCCUACAAAGAAAUGUUGGAAUCCAACAAUCUGAUCACUUUCAAUGGGUUGGCCAACAGCUCCAACUACCAUACUUUUCUUUUGGACGAGGAACGGAGUAGACUGUAUGUUGGAGCAAAGGACCACAUAUUUUCUUUCAACCUGGUUAAUAUAAAGGAUUUUCAAAAGAUUGUAUGGCCAGUAUCUUAUACCAGAAGAGAUGAAUGUAAGUGGGCUGGAAAAGAUAUCUUGAAAGAAUGUGCUAAUUUCAUUAAGGUCCUGAAGGCUUAUAAUCAAACUCACUUGUACGCCUGUGGAACUGGAGCUUUUCAUCCAGUUUGCACCUAUAUUGAAGUUGGACAUCAUCCUGAGGACAACAUUUUUAAACUGGAGGACUCACACUUUGAAAACGGCCGCGGAAAGAGUCCCUAUGACCCUAAACUUCUUACAGCAUCCCUUCUAAUAGAUGGAGAAUUAUACUCUGGAACUGCAGCUGAUUUCAUGGGGCGGGACUUCGCCAUCUUCCGCACACUGGGACACCAUCACCCAAUCAGGACUGAGCAGCAUGAUUCCAGAUGGCUCAACGAUCCAAGAUUCAUCAGUGCCCACCUCAUUCCCGAGAGUGACAACCCUGAAGAUGACAAAGUAUAUUUUUUCUUCCGUGAAAAUGCAAUUGAUGGAGAACAUUCUGGAAAAGCUACUCAUGCUAGAGUAGGUCAGAUAUGCAAGAAUGACUUUGGAGGACACAGGAGCCUGGUGAAUAAAUGGACCACCUUUCUUAAAGCCAGGUUGGUUUGCUCUGUGCCAGGUCCCAAUGGCAUUGACACCCACUUUGAUGAACUACAGGAUGUAUUCCUAAUGAACUCUAAAGAUCCCAAAAAUCCAAUUGUCUAUGCAGUGUUUACAACAUCAAGCAACAUCUUUAAGGGGUCAGCCGUGUGUAUGUACAGCAUGAGUGAUGUGCGGAGGGUUUUCCUUGGCCCAUAUGCUCACAGAGAUGGUCCCAACUAUCAGUGGGUGCCAUAUCAAGGCCGAGUCCCCUAUCCAAGGCCAGGAACUUGUCCCAGUAAAACAUUUGGUGGGUUUGACUCAACAAAGGAUCUUCCUGAUGAUGUUAUAACUUUUGCACGAAGUCACCCUGCUAUGUAUAAUCCAGUUUUUCCUAUUAACAACCGCCCAAUAAUGAUCAAAACAGAUGUCAAUUAUCAGUUCACACAAAUUGUGGUAGAUCGAGUGGAUGCAGAGGAUGGCCAGUAUGAUGUCAUGUUUAUUGGAACAGAUAUUGGAACCGUUCUUAAAGUAGUCUCAAUUCCUAAGGAGACAUGGCAUGAUUUAGAAGAAGUUCUGCUUGAAGAAAUGACAGUUUUUCGGGAACCAACUACUAUCUCAGCAAUGGAACUAUCCACUAAGCAGCAACAAUUAUAUAUUGGUUCCACCGCUGGGGUAGCCCAGCUCCCUCUGCACCGGUGUGAUGUUUAUGGCAAAGCCUGUGCUGAGUGCUGCCUGGCCCAGGACCCCUACUGUGCUUGGGAUGGCUCCUCAUGCUCCCGCUACUUUCCCACUGCAAAAAGACGUACAAGACGGCAAGAUAUAAGAAAUGGAGACCCACUCACUCACUGUUCAGAUUUACAACACCAUGAUAAUCACAAUGGCCAUAGCCUGGAGGAGAGAAUUAUCUAUGGAGUAGAGAACAGUAGCACAUUUCUGGAAUGCAGUCCAAAGUCUCAGCGAGCUCUGGUUUACUGGCAAUUCCAGAGGCGAAAUGAAGAAAGAAAAGAAGAGAUCAGAGUGGACGAUCAUAUCAUCAGGACAGAACAAGGACUGCUGCUACGCAGUCUGCAGCGGAAGGAUUCUGGCAAAUACUUGUGCCAUGCAGUGGAGCACGGGUUCAUGCAAACACUUCUUAAAGUGACCCUGGAAGUCAUUGACACAGAACAUUUGGAAGAACUUCUUCACAGAGAUGACGAUGGAGAUGGCUCUAAGACCAAAGAAUUGUCCAACAGCAUGACACCUAGCCAAAAGGUCUGGUACAGAGACUUCAUGCAGCUCAUUAACCACCCCAAUCUGAACACAAUGGAUGAGUUCUGUGAACAAGUUUGGAAAAGGGACCGAAAACAACGUCGACAGCGACCAGGACAUUCUCAAGGGAACAGUAACAAAUGGAAGCACUUGCAGGAAAAUAAGAAAGGUAGAAACAGGAGGACCCACGAAUUUGAGAGGGCACCCAGGAGUGUCUAAGACCCAUUACCUUUGGAAACCUCAAACAAGUAGAAACUUCCCUAGACAAUAACUGGAAAUAAAAUGCAAUAUACAUUAACUUGUUUUUCAUGGCAUUAUGUGGAUGUUUACAAUGGUGGGAAAUUCAACUGAGUUCCACCACUUAUAAAUUAAGUCCAUGAGUUACUUUCUUACCAGGCUUUCUUCUUAAUUCCAACACCUAAUAGAGAACACAAGUGAGCCCAAAAGUUUGCUUCAGCAGACUUCAUGUUUCCUGGGAGAUCUCAUUGUACAGGUUUCAUGUUCUUCUUUGCCUGAGAAUUAAAAAUGUCAUUUGCCAUAUUGACAUGGAAAAUAAAAAGAAACUGCAUCAGCAAAGACAUUUUAUUGAACUAAAUUUCAAAAUAACUGCAUGGAUAUAGUAACUGAUGAAUAUUCCCAAAUGUGGUUGGAUUCAAGGAUAUUUUUGUCUACCAGCACUCGUGUUUGUAUGUACUGGAGGAGUAAAUAAGUAAAAUUAUACUGAAUGAAAUGGUAUGUGGAAAUACUGAAAAGCAAAACAAACAAACAAAAAACAACCCAUAAACUAUCCAUCAUGCAGAAGAAAAAAAUGGAAUAUACACUGAUCUACUACUGAUAUCUUCUUUCAGCUUUGACCUAAAGAUGUAUUUUAUUAAAACCAUAAUUUAAAUGUACCAUGACAAAUUGCAGUAAAAAUUAGUUGUUUUCUAAGCUAGAGUAGGUUUCUUACAGUUAUCGUGCUAUAUAGUUUGUUUUAAAAAAUUCCAAUUGUGUGCUGCUUUUUUUCCUCCCACACUUUUGUUGUCAGUUCUGUAGGAGGGAUAACUGAUAUUUCUCUAGAGACAUAUCUACAUCAUUAACUUUUAAUUCCUCAAAUAAAGAUAAAAAUGAUACUUUAUUUCUCUGAUGAAAUCAAACAAAAGGAAGCUCUUCACAUCUCCCCUUCUUCAAGUAUUAUCUAAGUUAAUUCUAACUUGUGUGAUGUUCUUAGAAAACUGGAGAAAUAAGACAGCAUAAAAGGAAAGAAAAAUUGAUCCUUUGAUACAUUUUGUGAUAUGUAGAGAAUAAAUGAAAAGAAAGUAAGACUACAUAUUUCCUCAAAAUAAUAAGCAUUGUCUUCAUAUAGUAUUAACAGAAAACAUUUCUUGAUUAUGUGCUUGAAAUCUCGCAUGGUGUUUGAGACAUAAAACCUCUGUAAUAACUCCAUUAGGAAUUAUUUCAGUCACUAUAGGAUUUUGGAAAUGAGAAAGAAAGCAAACCUAUACAAAACAAUGUUAUAAAAUCAAAUUCUCCAACUAUUUCUUUCUGAGUCAGCUGCUUCUUAUCUCACAUUGUUGAGCAAA